GGUAAGGUGUGUCCCGGCGUGACGUCACGGUCGUACCUGAGUUUCGGUGAGGAGAAGGGGGAAGGACCGAGCCGAGUGGAAAAAACACCAAUUGUCGUCGCUCCUUCGACACAAACACACUCGCUCUUGUUUGUUGUUGAUCUCCAGUCGGGCCUCGUCGAGGUGAUUAUCGGUGAUCGAUGACGGCGAGCAGGACGUAGGACGUGCACGGGUUUUUUAUAUUCCAGCUGUGUGCGCGCAGGGCCGAGAGGGACCGAGCUCUCACACUUCCUGGUUCUCCACAGACAUGUCGGUGACCCCUCGACGUGUGCGCCUGAAGCCCUGGUUGGUGGCUCAGGUGGACAGCGGCCGAUACCCGGGGCUGGUGUGGCUCGACCGUGAGGCCAUGCGCUUCAGGAUCCCAUGGAAACACGCCACACGACACACACCCCAGCAUGAGGACGAAGACACCAUAUUCAAGGCGUGGGCCGUGGAGACAGGGAAGUUCCAGGAGGGAGUUGACGAACCUGAUCCUGCGAAGUGGAAAGCUCAGCUGCGGUGUGCGCUGAACAAAAGCCGAGAAUUCAACCUCUUCUACGACGGCACCAAAGAGGUCCCCAUGAAUCCCUUGAAGAUAUAUGACGUCUGCGACAUCCCACAGCCGCUCAGUAACCAAGGCUCCUCAGACGCUGGUUCCUGGACUCCACAUGAGGACGAUGGUGGUGAGGAAGAUGUUCCGGAUACCCCGGAAUCUCUCCCUCCAUACCCAUCCAAUGGCCCCAGUCCGUCUCCUCUCAUCAUGUGGUCUCCUAUGGGCUCAGACUCGUCCAUGCAGCCUCCAAGUUGUCCCCCUUCAAACGAAGUGUGGCCCAAAGAGGAGCCUGUGAAGAUCUGGCCUAAAGAGGAGCCUGUGGAUGUGGAGAUGCACCCCACACCCCUGGCAGACAUGUCACCCGCUCCUCUGCCGGAUCCCAUCCUGCAGCCCUCUCCUCUAACUGAGGCCUUGUUUGCCUCCCCAGAAACAUGGAUUAGUUCCCUCCCAAUGACAGACCUGGAGGUCCAGUUUCUGUACCGGGGGAAGGAGAUGUGUCCCACGCUGAACAUUAGUAACCCCCAGGGCUGCAGGCUCUUCUACGGAGACCUCGGCCCCAUGGUCAACCAGGAGGAGCUGUUCGGUCCCGUGAACCUGGAGCAGCUCCGCUUCCCGACCACAGAGCACAUCACCAACGACAAGCAGAGGGUCUUCACUAACCGCCUGCUGGACGUGAUGGACAGGGGUCUCAUCCUGGAGGUCAGUGGCCAUGACAUCUACGCAGUGCGUCUCUGCCAGUGUAAGGUGUACUGGUCCGGACCCUGCGCUCCAAAUCCAACCGCACCGAAUCUUAUAGAGCGACAGAGGAGGAUCAAACUCUUCUGCCUGGAGUCUUUUCUUAGCGGUGUGAUAGCUCAACAGCGUGGCCAGACACCAAGCCCCCCUCAGUUUGAAAUCAACCUGUGUUUUGGAGAGGAGUGGCCUGAUGGCAGACCCAAAGAGAGGAAGCUUAUCAUGGUGCAGGUGAUUCCAGUGGUUGCCCGCAUGAUAAGCGAGAUGUUUUCAGGGGACAACAUGCGCUCCUUUGACAGCGGCAGCGUUCGCCUGCAGAUCUCUAUCCCAGAUAUCAAAGACAACAUAGUGACCCAUCUGAAGCAGCUGUACUGUCUGCUGCAGACCCACCAGGGUCAGGAUGGCUGGGCAUUGCCCCCUGGGUCUGGUCUGAAUAUCACCCAUGCCCUGCAGGCACAGUGAAGUAGCACAUACCAUCCAGAUAUAUAUAUAUAUAUAUAUAGAUCUUGUUUCAUUCACACUGCUACUAAGAGUUACUUGUAGGUGGCAAAGAAGUACUUAUUUGUAAUCUUAUUUAGACACACUGUAUAGCGUAAGAUGCAUUUGCUUUUCAGCUUUUCCCUCGUAUGACUGUGCUGCGACAAUGUUUCUCUGUAAAUAAAGGCCUGUGUUAUUCUCCA